AUGGGGUUAUAUGUUAGCGAUAAAGCCAAAGAACACAUUAAACUAUACAAAUACAAUGGAAUUGAUCAUUCCUAUCUAUCAGCACUAUUACAACCAUUUUGGAGAACUUCUGUAGAAUGGCUACCAAUAUGGAUGGCUAACAUUAUUGGGAUUUUUGGUAUCAUUUUAUCUUAUUUAGUCACUUAUUAUUAUGCACCUGGACUUGAAGGAGAUGUACCUGCAUGGGUAUCAUUGUUGAAUAUCGUAUGCAUCUUUUGGUAUCAGACUAUGGAUGCACUCGACGGCAAGCAAGCAAGACGUACCAACAGUUCAAGUGGAUUGGGUGAGUUGUUUGACCACGGUUGUGACGCCAUCACCACCUUUUUAGUGGUAUUGGGCUUUCUCACUGCUAUUCAGGCUGGUCCCUCCUAUGCCUCGCUCUUUAACGUGCUCAUCCUCUUGGCAGCUUUUUAUAUGGCCCAAUGGGAACAAUACCACACUGGUAUCAUGGAAUUGGGUGCCAUCGGUGUCAUUGAAGGCCAUUACUCUAUGAUGGGUGGUCACCUCAUCACAAUGAUCUUUGGAUCACAAAUUUGGCAUACCACUGUCCCCUAUCUUGGUAUCCCUCUAACUUAUAUUCCUCUUUUCGUUAGUAGUUUAGGUGCCAUUCUUACCAUUAUUAACAAUAUUAAUACAAUUGUUAAAAAGGGACCAAAGAGUGUUAAAGGUGCAGUCUCACAAGUGAUCCCAAUUGUAUUUGUAUUUUUGGCUGGUAUGGUUUGGGGUAUCUAUUCACCAACCCAAGUCUAUGUAAAUAAUCCACACAUGUUUAUCAACACUUUUGGCUUUAUCGUUGCCUUUUUGGUUGGUAGAAUCGUUUUGGCCAGAAUCUGUAAUGAUGAUCUCAACCCAUUCCAAAUUGUCUUGGUACCAUUACUAUUAAUUAGUUUAAAUUAUAUCAUUGAUGGAUUUAAUAUUUUCAACUUUUUAGGUAUCCAAGAAUCAUCCUUUUUACAAUUGUUUUGUUUUGGUAUCACCAUUAUUUAUUUACAUUUUGCCUAUGUAAUGUGGAAGAGGAAACAUGAUAUUGAAGGUGUAUCAUCAUCUAGUAUUAUAGGAUUGAAAACAGCUGUUAUCAAUGAAGAAAGAAAUGUAAAAGAAUCGUUAUUGAGGACUGGCGGAGGUAGUGGAGAAGAUGAAGAAUCAAUACAAACUAAUAAGAAAUCUAAACUUACAUUUGUUGAUAACAAAUCAUCUAAAGAAAAUGAAAAUCAAGAUGGUUAUCGUGAUGAUGAUGAUCGUUUGGGUUCAAACAAUGGAACAAAAGAAAGAAAUGAAAGAGAUAUUCAAUCGUUAAAAGAUGAAUCCAACAAGACAUCCUAUGAUAAUAUAAAAAAGAAACUUGAAGAAAAAGCAAAGAUUUAUCAACAAUUGGUUCAAGGUAAACAUGAAAAGCCAAUAGACUUUUAUGAUUUAUAUAAUGAAAAUAAUGUUGUGGAUUUUGAAAUUAAAGCGUGUACUGGUGAUGAUGAUGGACAAGAAAAUAACAACAAUCGAUAUUAUAAAGAUCAAAACACAACGAAUGCUGGACAACAACAACAACAACAAAUGUUUUGGGAUGAUGAACAAGAAAGAGAUGAAAGAGAACAAAGAGAUAAAGAAGCAAAAAUCAAUGCAAUGAAACAAGAGGAAAUGAAAACACAAUUGGAAAGAGAAAAACAUAAUAGCCAACAAGUAAAAGCAAAAGAAUCAAAAGAUGAAAGACAAUCAAUCAUUGAUCAAAAAAAGAAAAUGGCAUUACUAAAACAAAAGUUAAAGGAAAAGAAGGAAAAGGAUUCCAAACCAAAAUAA